UUUCUCUCAUAUCUUUCGUAGGCAUGUUGACAUUUUAAGUGGAGUGCAAUCGGGUCCGAAGAGUUGUUUCUUGUUUUCGCUGGUGUGCCUCCUCCAAAACAUAUUUUCCUCUAAAAUUGUGCAAAACGCCGUCGAGAAAGCGCAAAUGUCGUCGCCACGGAGUCGGUUGAGUUUACGCGACAAAGUCGAGAUUAUCACAAUGUACGACAGCAACGGGUGUACGGAGCAAGAUAUUCGUCGCAAGUACCAAAUUGACCGAGUGCACUUUUACAAGAUAAUCAGUCGAAAGGAAGAGUAUCUGUCGCAAUAUGCAAAAGCUCCCAUUAAAAACUCGGUCAAUGCGGAGGUAAACAACCGCGUCUGGGACUGGUACGUGGAGUCGAAGGCUAAUAAUAUCGCCGUGAAUGGUCCGCUCAUACAGAAUCAAGCCAGGCAGAUCGCCAAGCAGCUUGGCUACGACGGCUUUCGCGCCUCGAACGGCUGGCUCCAGUGUUUCAAAAUGCGUCACAAUAUCCGCUUCACGGGUCCGCCAGCGCACAAGAGGGAUCCGCAGCCACAUUUGCUUGCAUCGUCCAAAGAAAUGUCCGAUCUCAUGCAGACCCCCCACUGGCCGAUAGCGGACUCUCAUCAGCCUGAGACGCGCACCAAUUCCAACUUACCAAAUAUAGGCGAAUGUGAAACAAUAGAAAUCGUGGAAAGCGAUGGCGAGGAGGGUUCGAUGGAGGGCGGCGACGUGGACGAGGACGAAGGCAAUGAUAUUCAGGACGAAAUCAGCUUCGAGGACGAGGUGAUUAGUGAAAAGAAGUACGAUCCGCCUCUGCGGGAGGAGGUGAACAGCGCGCGCGACGAUAUCUGCCGCAACUACCAGGAUGUGCUGGACUGCAUCCACCGACUUCAGUGCUUUUCCGUGUCAACGGGCGACAAUAAACUGCUCGAAAUGAGCACUGAAAUGCGGAACCACGUCGAGCGGACCAUUUAUGGCAUAGGCAAUUCACUUUGAGCAGGGGAACUCACGCAACUUUUAGAGAAAUAACAAAGGCCUUUAGUAUCAAAGCAGCGCCCGUUUGAGACAAAGUCAGGGUAGGCUAGCGACAGCCUACCGUAGUGCCUACACAACACAACUAGUGUUAAUUCUAUAGAAAGUUCCAUUUUGUAAAAAGAACAACGGGUUGUACGUAGCGCACUCUGCGAACAAACUUGCAGGACGCGCCCGUUUUACUUGGGGAGCGGGCGAUGCUUUGAUACUAAACCGCCGACUUUCAGAGCAACAAAUGGAAGUUGUCCGUGCGCGAACAUACGACCCAAGAGACGACAAUAUUUCUCGUCUCCUUAUUCAUAACAUAUAAAGUACAAGUCUGAUUUAAAAAGAGGAAAAUACUAAAAAAUGAUGCCAACUAGUCGUAAAAUAAAUUUUUGUAUAUUAUAAUGCCAUA